UGGGAGGAGGUCUCUGUUAGUCCUCUACUCUGCGCUGUGUUAUGUGUGGCUCUUGCUAGAAUUAUGUCUGGACGGAGGCCAGAUCUGGCAGGGGUUGGAUCUCGAGAUCCUAGCGAUUUCUUAGAGGGAUUUACCCGGGAUCUAUAGAGCAGAGAGAGAUUGAAGAAUUGAUAGGUGGUCGAGUAUUGUUUGGCCGAGUGGAUAUGCGCAGGAAAGUCGAAGAGCUUUAUGUUUCCCCUCUUAAGGGGUUAUUUCCAGAGAUGGCCACAGUGAGACGGAGUUGGAGCAGCGGCCACACCGAUACACAGCUGCUGUUCCUGAUUAGAACAGCAAUACACGUGCAGUGAAUCGCCACGGGACACUAACUUAUUUGAUUAUCCAUUUGGAAACCUAUUUUUAGAACGUCUGAAGUAAUUGACUGAAGAGGAUUUGGUGUAGCCUACUUCUUAGCCAUUUCAGGUCAGUAUUAGACAUUUCAGGUCAGUGGAACAAGAGUCGCGCAAGGCAUUGGUCAUAGCCUACACUUGUCCUUCUGUGUCUCUAAAGUGGACGCAAACAUGACGACUGAGAGCUCACAGCAACAUCUGGUGCCGUCUCAUCCUCUGAGAUGCAGCCCAGCAGCCGGAGUGAUGCACGCCACACUGACGAGCGCACAGCCAGUGGCGGAGAGCUCACCAAAUGCAUCAAACAAAGGAAAAAAGGGCAACUCUGGCUUGAGGCGACCUGAGAAGCCGCCCUAUUCAUACAUCGCCCUUAUUGUGAUGGCUAUCCAAAGCUCCCCGACAAAGACGCUUACUCUUGCAGAAAUAUAUCAGUUCCUUCAGGCCCGUUUCCCGUUCUUUAUGGGGUCUUACCAGGGCUGGAAAAACUCAGUGAGGCACAACCUGUCUUUAAACGAGUGCUUCAUCAAACUGCCUAAGGGCCUCGGCAGACCAGGGAAGGGCCACUACUGGACUAUAGACCCGGGCAGCGAGUUUAUGUUUGAGGAGGGAUCCUUCCGUCGCAGACCUCGCGGAUUCCGUAGGAAAUGCCAAGCUCUGAAACCAAUGUAUCGAAUGAUGAAUGGCAUCGGUUUUGGAGCGUCGAUACUGCCCCAAAACUUUGAUUUCCAGAACCCCUCCGCGUCCUUGGCAUGUCAUGCUAACGGUUACAACCUGGACGUGAUGGGGAACACGGUGCCAGGGAGCUACGACGGGCUGGGUGGAGGGCAUCAUGUCCCUCAUAUGUCACCAAGCCCCGGGUCCACCUACAUGGCGGCUUGUCAGGUGGCGUCUAAUGGAGACUACUGCCCGGACAGCAGUAGUAGCCCUUUGCACACCUCCCCGGCUGCGAUGGCAGUGGGCGCUUUGGACUGUCAUUCUCCCUACGCCAGUGCUUCUCCCUAUGCCAGUGCCCCCUCACACUGGGCAUCACCUGGUAUGUCUCCAUAUAUCAAGCAGCAAUCCCUGGCCUCAAACAGUCCCACAUCCUCCGCCUUGCACUCCAGCAUGUCCCCAUACUCUCUGGAGCAAAGCUAUCUCCAUCACAACGGAAGGGACUCAUCUGACAUUUCAGUGGGAUUAUCUCGAUACUCAAGCCCUUCAUCGCCAGUGUGUGACAGGAAAGAUUUUUUUUUAAACUUUAACGGAAUUUCUUCGUUUCACCCGGCGACUGCCAGUGGAUCUUACUAUCACCAGCUACAUCACCACCACCAGAGCGUCUGUCAGGAUGUCAAGCCAUGCAUCAUGUGAAAUAAACGCAAUAAGACCAUUGCCAUCUUGGAUGAAGAUCACAUGAACUACACUAUAUACAAGCUAUACGCUUAUACCAUUUGUCCCUUGCCAAGUCCGGUACAAAUAUCUAARAUGAAUUAGGGGAAUGUAGGCUAUAUAUACAUAACGUCAGGCACUCUAUUUGUCUCUGAGAAGGUCUGUGUCACGACACCAUUCCGGAGAAAUUAAAAACGACUGAGUGCAUGAAGUAAAAGUUGAAGAGAUGCAUGUAUUGCCAUUGUCCAACACUUUGUCAAUCACGGCUCAGACAGCUCUUCCAUGCCACGAUCUAUUCAGGAGUUAUUGUAUCAUUCAAUAUUGUAGGUUAGUGUGUGAGUACCAGUUAUCGACACGGAUAAAAUGCAAUAUCCAACCACAUUAAAUAUCCAACCACAUUAAAUAUCCAACCACAUCAAAUGUGUUUACUGAAAAAUACAUGCACAUUCUCCCCGGGUUAUCUUUAGCUAUUUGCACUUAACUCUAGACCCCAGAGUUUAAAAAAAAUAUUUCGCUGUAGGCUACAGCAAGCCAAUAAAUAAAUAUAUUUUACAACUGUU